CUGCUUCUCCUAGGUGAUUCAUUUCUAGGCAACGUGCUGGCUGCCUGUCUGCUGCUGGAGCUGGGAACUAGGAGCGUUCUGUUAUUCAGCACUGCUUUCCACCAGACAGCUCCCAUACACAGGCAUCUAAACUGCACAUUCAACCUGUUUGAGGAUAAACCCUUCACUACAUCUGGAUGCUAGUUUCUCUCUAUAUCAUCCCAGUGCAUACCGAAGGGAAAGCUCUUAAAACAUACAGCGGCUCCUUACUUUUGCAGUUGGAUGCUGAUGUAUUCCCAUGCACAUUUGUCACCCAUUGCUCAAUAGAAGAGGAUACAGGAAGCAACGGCUAAAUACUAUCUCUACAUAUUUAUGUGUAUGUAUGAUUUUUUUUUCUCUCUCUGCUAAUCUAAAAGGAUUUUUGUGAACUAGAUCUGCACUAGGAUCCUGAAGGAUUACUGUCAUUUUCUGCAGUUUGCUGUAGUAUAUGCGGCUCUAUGGAGAAUUUUCUUCAGUGCAUGUGAAAUCAUUCUGAUGCACAGCUUUGGAUGCUCAAUGGAUAUUUUAGUGACAUACUGAGGAUCAACUGUCUUGCUUGGAUUUGCAUCAAGGAAACAAAUCGUAUCCUAGUUGUCCAUAGACUUUUCCCUGUUCAAUAAAUCCUGGUCUCUAUCUCAAAUGCCUCCAUCUUUAACCCCAUAGAAACAACAGGGAUUAAACUCUUUUGAGAUCGUCUAACUCUCCACAGUGCUCCUAGGAUUCUUAUGAAGAUCUGAUUUGUGGUCAGAAGUCAGUAUAGAAGAUGGACAUUUUGCAUGCAGUGAUCUGUCUGUCCGUCUUCUGGACUAUAUCCUGGGACAGAACUAGUGCAGACUCCAGAUCAGACUCAAUCAUUCACAUUGGGGCUAUUUUUGACGAGUCUGCUAGGAGAGACUAUGAAGUAUUUCGUAUGGCAGUGGACGACCUCAAUUUGAAUGAAGACAUUUUACAGACUGAAAAAAUUACAUUUACGGAGAAAUUUGUUGAUGGUAGUAAUCCUUUUGUGGCUGUCCAGGAAGCUUGUGACCUUAUGAACCAAGGCAUAUUGGCCCUUGUCAGUUCUAUCGGAUGUGCAUCAGCGGGGUCCUUUCAAUCUCUGGCAGAUGCUAUGCAUAUUCCUCAUCUUUUCAUGCAACGAUCCACAGCGAGGACGCCAAGAAGUAGUUGUGGGCUCAACAGGAAAAACAGGAUUGAUGACUAUACAUUGUCUGUCCGCCCUCCAGUCUAUCUGAAUGAUGUUAUCUUAAGAGUCAUCACUGAAUAUGGCUGGCAGAAAUUUAUUAUCUUUUAUGACAACAACUAUGAUAUCCGUGGAAUACAGGAGUUUUUGGAUAGAGUAUCUCAGCAGGGAAUGGAUGUAGCUUUGCAGAAGGUAGAAAACAACAUUAAUAAGAUGAUCACGGGACUCUUCGCCACAAUGCGCAUUGAAGAGCUAAAUCGCUACAGGGACACACUGAGAAGAGCCAUUCUCGUUAUGAGUCCGACCACUGCCAAAUCCUUCAUUACUGAGGUCGUUGAGACUAAUUUGGUUGCCUUUGACUGUCACUGGAUCAUUAUAAAUGAGGAGAUAAAUGAUUUGGAUGUACAGGACCUGGUCAGAAGGUCGAUUGGAAGGUUAACAAUUAUUCGCCAGACCUUUCCAGUGUCCCACAAUUCGAGUCAACGUUGUUUCCCUGGCAACCACCGAAUAUCUACUUCACUUUGUGACCCGAAGGACCCAUAUUCCCAGAGCAUGGAGAUCACCAACCUGUAUAUCUAUGACACAGUGCUCUUACUAGCUAAUGCCUUUCACAAGAAGCUGGAAGAUAGAAAGUGGCAUAGCAUGGCAAGUCUCACCUGUAUCAAGAAGAACUCAAAGCCUUGGCAAGGAGGUCGAUCUAUGCUGGAAACUGUCAAGAAGGGUUCAAUAAAUGGACUAACGGGUAUUUUAGAAUUUGAUGAGACUGGUGGAAAUCCAAAUAUUUAUUUUGAAAUUCUGGGAACAAACUAUGGUGAAGAACUUGGCAGGAGUGCCCGCAAGCUUGGCUCAUGGACGCCUGUGACUGGACUGAACGGAUCUUUGACAGACAGGAAGCUAGAAAACAACAUGCGUGGUGUAGUUCUCCGUGUGGCCACUGUACUGGAAGAACCAUUUGUGAUGGUAUUAGAAAAUGUGCUAGGAAAGCCAAAGAAAUACCAAGGAUUUUCUAUCGAUGUCCUCGAUGCCUUAUCAAAUUAUUUGGGAUUUAAGUAUGAAAUAUAUAUUGCUCCAGAUCAUAAGUAUGGGAGUCCCCAAGAGGAUGGUUCAUGGAAUGGAUUAAUAGGUGAAUUACUGUUUAAGAGAGCUGACAUGGGGAUAUCUGCCUUGACCAUCACACCCGACCGAGAGAAUGUAGUAGACUUCACAACUCGCUAUAUGGAUUACUCAGUGGGAGUACUUUUGAAAAAAGCAGAGAAAACUGUGGACAUGUUUGCCUGCUUUGCACCAUUUGAUCUAUCGCUAUGGGCCUGCAUUGCUGGAACUGUUUUGUUAGUGGGACUUCUGGUCUACUUGUUGAACUGGCUUAAUCCCCCACGCCUGCAGAUGGGAUCUAUGACUUCUACAACACUUUACAACUCCAUGUGGUUUGUGUAUGGAUCAUUUGUACAGCAAGGAGGUGACGUCCCCUAUACUACGUUAGCAACACGAAUGAUGAUGGGAGCAUGGUGGCUGUUUGCCUUAAUUGUCAUUUCUUCUUACACAGCAAACCUAGCGGCCUUUUUGACAGUUUCACGCAUUGAAAGUUCAAUUCAGUCUCUCCAGGAUCUCUCACGGCAGACAGAUAUCCCUUAUGGUACGGUCCUUGACUCUGCUGUUUAUGAGCACGUUCGGGUGAAAGGCAUGAAUCCAUUUGAGAGGGACAGCAUAUAUUCCCAAAUGUGGAGGAUGAUUAACAGGAGUAAUGGAACUGAAAACAACGUUCAGGAAUCUCUAGAAGGCAUACAAAAGGUGAAACAUGGAAAUUAUGCUUUUGUGUGGGAUGCUGCAGUGCUGGAGUAUGUAGCAAUAAAUGAUCAAGACUGUUCCUUUUACACAGUAGCAAAUACAAUUGCUGACAGAGGCUAUGGCAUAGCACUGCAACACGGCAGUCCGUACAGGGAUAUUUUCUCUCAAAGGAUCCUGGAGCUCCAGCAGAAUGGGGACAUGGACCUAUUAAAACAUAAAUGGUGGCCUCACAAUGGACACUGUGACCUAUAUUCUUCGGUGGAACCAAAACAAAAAGGCAGUGCCCUGGACAUUAAAAGCUUUGCAGGAGUUUUCUGCAUCCUUGCAGCUGGAAUCGUCCUGUCCUGCAUAAUAGCAAUGGUGGAAACAUGGUGGAACAAGAGAAAAGGCUCAAGAGUACCUUCCAAAGAGGAUGACAAAGAAAUUGACCUGGAACAUCUCCACCGACGUGUAAACAGCCUGUGCACAGAUGACGACAGUCCUCAUAAACAGUUUUCCUCCUCAUCAGUUGAUCUAACACCUUUAGACAUCGACUCAUUGCCAACACGACAAACUCUGGAGCAAAUUAGUGAUUUUAGGAACACUCAUAUAACCACUACAACCUUUAUACCAGAGCAAAUACAAACACUAAGUCGUAACUUGUCCACUAAAGCUGCCUCUGGUUUUGCAUUUGGCAAUGUGCCUGAGCACCGAACUGGUCCAUUCAGACACAGAGCACCCAAUGGUGGAUUUUUUCGAAGUCCAAUUAAAACUAUGUCAUCUAUUCCAUACCAGCCAACUCCUUCUCUAGGGCUUAGUCUUGGCAAUGACCCUGACCGAGGCACUUCCAUAUAAGCUUUAGAGAGUCUACUCACUGUUGGUUUUUUUGGACUCUCCUUGACAGGAGCAUCUGUAAAAUGACGGGACUAACAUGGAUGUAUUUUUUUAUAUCCAGAUUAUUAAUAAAAAAAAAUUGAUUCCUCGCUUUUUCUUCCCCAAUCCUUUGUCUGUAAAUGUGUUUUAGAACUUCUAAAUUCACUGCAUUGUCUCAAUAUUUUUUAUUUUUUAUUUUCUGUUACUUAUUGAAUACAUGUUAAUGUAUUUUGAAUCGCCCUCUGGUUUGACAGAUACAUCUGCAAUAAUUCAACUACCUUGCAUCUAUCUUACUAAAUCUCCUAUAUACUGUACUCUGAUGCUGCUGUGUCCUAAGUGUGGACCAAAGGCCAACCCUGCAGUAUACAAAUAAACCCUAUUCAGCCCGUAAGAAAUAAAAUGCAAUUUUGUAGGACUACAAAAAGCCAUUACUAUGCCAGUAAAGAAUACAUUUUAGACAUUUGUUUGCACUGUAGCAGUGCAUAUGUAAUUUAAUCAAGUGAAAUUAUUUUUUUUUUUUAAUGUACAGUUUAUCGGUGAAAUCCCACACACUCUGUUACCUGUAUGUAUGUAUGUAUGUAUGUAUGUAUGUAUGUAUGUAUGUCAGUUUAUGCACACACGUGUAUAUAUGCUGAAGAUAGUACUUAUGCCAGUGUAUUCAUAUACAUGUUGGAAUACACUGUGGAUAGUAUAUAUGCCAGUGUAUAUAUACGUAUGUGAAUACAUGUUGUGAAUAUUAUGUAUGUAAUUUUAUGCAUACACGUGUGUAUAAACGGUGGAUAAUGUCAAAAUCUGGCUAAUGUUGACAUAGUCUGUUCCCUGCAAGGACAAGGGGAUAGGCUUGAGUUGGGAACGUAUAUUGUCUUUCUCUUAGUUUGUAAAAAGAAACAAAUGUAAAAUUCCAGUGCUGCUUUGGCACCAAAUCAAUUCUACUGCGGUGUCAUUGCUAUCUAAAACAGUGGCUGAGAUUUAAACUGGGAAAUGGAAAACCCCUUUAAAUGUAAUUGCACAUUGCUUCUAAAUCUCAUUAUAGCCCAAAAUGUCCUAAAAUGUAAUUAGAUAACUCUAACCAACUUAUAAUACCUGGUUAAUGUCAACAUUAUCCAAAUUUCCAACAUUAUGCAUAACAUAGAAACAUACAAACAUAUGGGCAUAGAUCUGUGCAGGUGUGAGUAUAAAAAACUAUUAUAUCUCAUACAAUAGUGCUUUAGUAAAAACUAAAAAAAAAUAUAUUAUAUACAACAGAAAUGUAUAUUUUAGAAAGUUCUUUACAAUUUCAAUGAUACGUUGUUUUUAUAUCAUCUGUCAUAAAAAGCUUAGUAUUCAAACAUUCCUAUAUUAUAUUGCAAUCUUUUGAUCACUUAGAAACCAGGGUUAGAAUCUGAUGCUUGAUGGAAUGUCACGCUUGUCUGAUUGCUUUAGUGAAAAAUAUUUGAGAGUUCUACAAUGAAUAAUUUAAUAACACAAGUUUUAUAUUGGGUAUAUAGAAAGUUAACAUGCUCUAUAAAAUGGUCUCUCAGGAGUGGAUACCGGUAACACAUACCGAACCCGAUAUGAUAGCUGGAUCAUUUUCUGUUCAAUCUUACUUCUUUGUUUCUUUCAUGUUCACAUGAAACGCAAUCUAACAUUAUGCACCAGUUUCUGAAUAUUAUGUGGUCAUACAUCUUAUGUUUGUAUUCCAGCCAUAUACAUACUCAACCUGUACUGUAGAAUGGUUGGUAUUUAUUAAUUUGUGAAUCUAACUACUGAUUCGAAUGAGAAAGUAUGUAAAAAAAGAUACAUUAAGAGAUAUAGGGGGACAUUUACUAAGCAAUGAUAAGAGCAGAGAAGUGAGUCAGUGGAGAAGUGACCCCAUCAACCAAUCAGCAGCUCUGUAUCAUUUUAUAGUAUGCAAAUUAUAGAUGUUACUUCAGUGCUGAUUGGUUGCCAUGGGCAACUUCUCUUAUCACUGCUUAGUAAAUGUCCCCCAUAGACUGAAUGCUCAAGAUUGCAGAUAUGAGCUUACUAUACACAUGAGCAUUACUGAGUGGCCUUAAUUAGAUCUAACAUACAGAUAUGUGAGAUAUAAUACUUGUAAAGCAAGUGUUAUUGUUGUUUCUGGUAGUAGCCUAAAGCUUAUAAAUGGACAAAUAAACUAGAAAGUUAAAUCUUGAUAUAAUAAUCCGUAGAUCUCAAUGCAGUGAAGUUUAAAGUUUUAAAUAUAGAAACCAGUUUGUGAUGUACACCAGGAGGCUUAUCACAUGACAUCUUGGUACAUCAUACUAUUUUAGCUCACUGCCUAACAUGAGCUCAUUAAUUGGAUUGAACUUAUAUUUUCAUCAUUACAUGUUACUAAUUCUGCAAGAAUAAUGCUCCCAACCUCAACAGUAACUUCCCUGAGUUCUUAGGCUUAAAUCAGACCAGUAACCUCUCAGCAACACAUUAUACUUACAGCCUCCCCUAUGGAAAAUUCCAUGUACUGCUGCAAGGUACUCCUGAGAAAUCUCUGUGUCCUCAUCAGACUGUAGACUUUCCCUACAGUCUUAGUGCUAUAUUUUAUUGUACCUCUAAAAUACAGGUAAAUCAUUUCAAGAUAAUGCAAUUAAUAUGUUUUUUUUAUAGACAUACUGCUUCCUAGUUAAAAAAAAAAAAAACAACAGAGAAUGUGUGUGUAAUUUUUCAUGAUCCAAAAUCCAGUAAAAAUUAUAAAUGUGGAUAAAACCAUAAGUGGAGAUGUACUAAGCAGUGAUAAAAGUGGAGAUGUGAGCCAGUGGAGAAGUUGCCCAUAGCAACCAAUCAGCAUUGACGUAACAUUUAUAAUUUGCAUACUAUAAAAGUAUAGAGAGCAGCUGAUUGGUUGCCAUGGACAACUUCUCCACUGGCUCACUUCACUUUUAUCACUGCUGAGUACUGUCCUUCUUAGAACCUAAACUCUUAAUUUACUACAGAAGCUCAACUUACUGUAGCAGUAAUUUCCAUAACUAGCUGAGACUAAGCAAUCAUAAUAGCAUACUAGCCUACUCUCACAGAAUGACCAGGAUAUUACCUCCUGAACUCCCGGGAGAGUAGGUAAUUUUCCCUGAAGGCCACUCACAGCAAACUGAGCAGCUAUGUUCAGAAUUACAGAACUAACAUCAUCAAGUCCAGUCACCUGAUUAAUGAGAGGCAUGAUGAUAUUAUUUGAGGCAUCAUACAAUUUGUCUCUCCUACUUGGUGAUAUAGCUUGUUUUUAUACAAAAUGACAGAGGAACAUUUUUGUAGAUGUUUCCCCGUAUAGUCCCGUAUAUCAAUAUAUGCCCUUUUACCCUGCUCAUUCACUUCUAAUGUGUCACUUUUUAAACCUGUAUCACAGUCCAGGGGUUUGUCUAGACUUUAAUUUGAGGAGCGGAGUAGCAGUCUCGCCCGCUCAAUCUAUAAUAAUAUAAACAGAUCGCAGAAAUCUGAUGCAUUCUAAUAACUCCCACGCUAUUUCUCUAAUGGUGUAAAGAUCAAACACCAGAUCUAUGGAGCAACCCAAAUAAAUGACUUACCUCUCCUGCAAUCCCUCUGUGUCUCUGAGAAUGCUGUACAGGACAUGUGAGUCUGGAGGUCCAUCCACUACUCCAAUUAGUCAAUAGCCAGUGACAUCUUCCAAUCAGUGUGAUACUGGGUCUGGGUAUAACAGAGUCAUGCCCAAUCAUGCCCAGUAAUUGCGCAGUCAAGCAAGGAAUGGUGGCGCCUGGCAGCAGAGAAGAAGGUAGAGCAUACCAUCCAGUCACAAUGUUUAAAACACAAUCAGUGAGCCGGGCAACACCCUUUGCCUUCCUCUCAUUCACCAUGUACUUUUACAUAAUAUAUGGCCAUAGGCAGCUAGCCGGCCAAGAAAUAUUAUGAUUGAACGGUCCUUUGUGGAAUCUGUCCCAUCUGUGGGGGGUAGGGGGCAAGCUUUUGCCCAAUUGUUCCCCUCUGAGUCCACCCCUGACAGAGGUCACUACUGACCACAAACAAAUAGGUUCAGACAGUAUUUUUCAAUAUUAGGUUAUUUAAAAUGUAAAUUACUGGGAUGUGUUUUAACAUUUUUAUCAGCUAUACAAAACUUAUAUUGAAUUUGGGUUGUUAUUAAAUGUUUCAAAUGAUUUUUUAAGGAUAAUUCCAUAUAUAUAUAUAUUUUCAAACAUACAUAUUUGUUAAUAUAACAUAGUACUUUGGAGUUUUAGAUUAGAAUAUAUGCCAAUACCUGGGCUCCUGUGAGUUAGGUUGCUAUGAGUAUCAGACACUGUUAUGCAAACGUGGAACUGUAUAGCCCACUCCAUUGUGUGUUCUCUUCUCUACAGGUGUUAGCUCUCAAGUGCCCUUAUUUAUCAAUGAGUGACAAAUUUCACUGUGAGUGAUCAUUUGCACCAGCCAAUCAGCUCCUAACUUCCAUGUCACAGACUGGGUUUGAAAAAUGAUAGGAGCAGAUUGGCUGGUGCAAUUUAUCACUCACAGUAAAAUGUAUCACUCAUUGAUAAAUAAGGGCAAAGUUUUGAGAACUAGUCGCUCCAACAGGGUAGUUGGCAGCUUGGUGUCAUGUCACAAGGGAGAGACAGAUACUGUCCUGCUGCUGUAAUGGAUGCAAUGGAUUAUCUAGAUGUAGUUUAUUGACAAUUUGGAAAUAUACCGGGGGAUAUGUACCAAACCUUAGAUAAAGUGGAGAAAAUGCCCACAGCUUCUAACCGCCAUUUUAUAGACUGCGCUAGAUAAAUGACAGAAGUUGGUUACUAGUACAGGCAACAGCUCCACUCUAUCUCUCUCAGAGGUUUCAUACAUCUUCCCCACAGAGUCAUAAGUCUAUAACUAGAAUUCACAGCUCCUUCAAAAGUUAUUUCAGGUAUAACAAUGUUAGAACAAGAAAAAAAAAACACAUGCACAUUUCAUCGGCAAGUAAUAGCUUUAUUACAGAUAUGAUGGACGUUAUUUAAAGAUGGAAUUAUCCUUUAAUACCUUUUGAUUAGUUUGUGCAAGGCUUUAUAUUGCUGUCCAUAUAUAUUUGGGCAGUUGUCACAUGCAUACAAUUACCUCACACAACUUGGUUGAUAGUAUCAGAUACAACAUGCAGCGGGAAGAUACUAGUAUUUUGUAUUGUAACCCAAUAUUGCAGAUUUACAUGAGUUACUGCAAAGGGCUUUUGGGUAUUUUGGUAUUAGACUUGAUUACUUAACACUGAGCACAGAAAACGAAUGUGCUUUAAUCCAAAGCAACCAACAUAGGGGCUGAUGCUGAGUUGGAUUUACUCCAGUGUAACAUAUAAUGAAUACAUCGGUUGUCUGCAUGUCUGGAAAACCAGUGACAUGCCUAUGAGCCAUGCAGAUUUCCCAGAAUCUGAUACUUGUGCCCUCUCGUGAUUGGAACUUCAGAUUGCAAAUUCACCACUGAAGCUAACAGUGAUUUAGAACAGAGAACAUGGAAUUUGAUGGCAGAUAAGAACCACUUGGCCCAUCUAGGUCCACCCUAAACACAUGUAAACGCACACAUACUAGGGCCAAUUGAUUUUUUUUUUUGUCAGGAGCCAAUUAACUUACCGGUAUAUUUUUGGAUUGUGGGAGGAAUCCCACACAAGCAUGUGGAGAAUAUACAAACUCAACACAGUUAAGGCCAUGGUGAGAAUCAAUCACAUUACACCAUCAGUACUGCCGGUGUUUGGAGUCAGUACAGACAACCUAUAUUGAGUAUCUCCAUCCAGCUAUUAUUAGAGAUGUGCACGGACCUUUAUGUUUUAUUAUUAGUUUUUGCCCAAACUACUUUCUGUAUUUUGGUUUGUUUUUUGGGUCUGACAAAACCAUCCUCAAGUAUUUUGGUUCAAUUUGGUUUUGGUUUUCUUGAAAAUUGAUAAAACAUUACUUUCCAGUCAUUUCCAGUCAAUUUUGACCAUUAUAUUGGCCAAAGGCUGACUGGCUUAACUAAGCAACAGAGCAGCAGCACAAACACACAGCAGGCUCCUGCUUAUAUCAUAUGUUUUUGUGAGUGUAUUUUAGCAAUUGUUCACACAGGAGGGAGAGUCAUACCUGCUGUAUUUGUGAUGUUUUUUUUUAUAAUUCCAUUUAAUUUAACAGUGAAUGUAUACAGUAUUUUGCAGGCAAAACAGAUGUUUAGGACAUUGUGUGUAAGAGUAUACUGGUUGUGAGUUUGUUACUUAACCUAUGUGCACCAUGGCAGUUUUUAGUGGACGCAUUGUACACCUGUGAAUUUGGACACAAAUGCGUUGGAACUCAGCAUCAGCCUCAUAGGGCAUUAGCUUUCGUUGGUCUAACUUUCAUUAGAUCAAAAUUAAUUUCAGAUCAGUUGUAAUGGGAGAGGAAACAUUUGUUCUAUUUGCACUUAUAAGUCUUCAUGUGUCUCUUAGUAAUGCAGUAAAUGAAUGAUAAGGUGACAGCAUUGAUUGUGCUUACUUGUGUUACAUGAAGUUUUUUUUUACCUGUAAAUUUACUAAUAUCAAUCUAGUGUGUCUGAUUAUUUAGGUUAUUAUGCAUAACAUUUUUAUUUGCAGCCAGGCUCGCACAUACGGUAACCUUAACAGAUGAGUGAAGCCUGGGGGACAUUAUUUUUCAUCUUUAUACGUUUCACAAUUUGCUUUAGCAAAAUGUACAAAAAUAAAAAAUAAAAUAUAUAUAUAUAUAUUCUUCAUACAUAUUUUUGAUGCUGGUUCUCCAGGGUGCAUCUUGUACUGUCAAUGCUUUUGUACUAAACCUUCAAAUAUUGUCUACUGUGUAAGGCAGAUCUGUUUCUAUUCUAAUCAUGCAAAGGCCAUUUUGUUUCUAAGGGUACAAGUGUCUGAAAGCAUGCACACCUGUCUACCCUUGCGACAUCCUUUGUCUCAUGCAUAUUGGGUUUUAAAAGUUAAAAUAAAAAAAUAUAUAAUAAAGCUAUGUAGAGACAUGCCAGAUGUUGCAGUGAAAUUUAGCAAAAAUGAAUUAACUGUUAGCCAUGUACAGUAUUUAAAAUAGGCCUAUUUUGAUGUUUGCCUAUUUAAGAAUAAAAAUACAGAAAAGAUUUUUGGAGGCCUCCGUUACAAGUGGCAGAGCUUUCUGUGUAUAAUUUGUCUAAAUGAUUUGUCUAAUAAAAAUUGUUUUCUAUA